AUGGACAUGCGUGGUCUGGCUCACUUUAUCCGGGACGUGCGGAAGGCCACGAGUAGCCCGGCCGAGGAAAAGAAGCGCGUCGACCUGGAAUUAGUCAAGAUCCGCUCAAAGUUCCGCAACGCGGCGGCAAUGAGCACAUAUGCGCGGAAGAAAUACGUGUGUAAGUUGAUGUUCAUCACAAUGCUUGGGUACCCUGUGGAAUUUGGCCAUAUGGAGGGGGUAAAGCUUCUGGCGUUAACGUCCCCGGCGGAGAAACUGAUCGGCUACCUCUCUGUCACCGUCUUCCUGCACGAGAACCACUCGCUGUUGACGUUGGCUACACACAUGAUUUACAAGGACCUUUUGUCAGAGCAAGAGUUUAAUAUGAGUUUGGCACUGACGGCGAUCGCCAAUGCCGGUGGGAAAGAUUUUGCGGAGGUGAUGUCCUCAGGUGUAAAAGGUAUUCUCGUAAAUGAUCGUUGGAAUGUGCAUAUUCGCAAGAAGGCGGUGCUGACGUACCUGCGCAUAUAUAGAAAGUAUCCUGAUGUUGUGGACCUCGCCGAAGUGGUCCCGGUAGUCACGGACCUGCUACAUAGCCCGUUGCUUGGCAUGAGUGGUUGUGCCGUGCGCUUUCUCACGGGUUGCGUUACUGAAGCAAAUUUUCAUCUCUUCUGCUCCGUGCCCGGUCGAGUCAUUGAACUCCUUGGAAAGAUCAUACUGUCAAAGCAAACGGAACCCGGGUAUGUAUACUAUGGGGUCCCCGCGCCGUGGUUGCAGGCAAUGUCCCUGCGGCUGCUUCGUAAAUUUCCCGUUCCCACGGAUGCCGUGUUGCGGGAAAAUAUUCUUCUUGUUUUGCGGAAGAUUGUGCAGGCGACGGAUAGGGUGUUGCGGGACGCACAGGCCCAACAAAAGCAAAAGGGCACUAUGAAUCGUGUGAGUGCCAUGAAUGCCGUGUUUUUUGAAGUAGUUUUGCUUGUCAGUGAAUGGGACAUCGAUGCCCGGCUUCAUGGCGAGUGCAUGGAUGUCCUCAGUGGGUUUGUGACGGAAAAGAAGGAGUCUAACUUGCGUUAUUUGGGAUUUAGUUUGCUGUCAAAGUUGUGUUCCGCGCGUGAGUCGCGCAAUGAAUACAGGAAUUACUGUGGCCAGUACCAACCGCAGCUGGUGGUGGCCCUGCACGACCCUGAUGUCUCCAUCCGCACGAAGGCGCUGGACGUCGCCGUGAGCAUGUGCGACGACGCAACCGCCACGGAGGCCAUUGACGAGCUGCUUUCGUACCUCCCCAUCGCGGAUGGCGUCUUCAAGGAGAAUCUCGUGCUUGCCAUUUCCCACCUGGCCGAGGUGUACUGCGUCGACUACGGGUGGUACGUGGACACCAUUCUCUCCGUGCUCGCCCAGGCUGGCAGCCUCACGCCGCAACACAUAAUUUACCGCGUGGUGCACGUUAUCAUCAACCACCCGGAUGUUCAGAAGAGGGCGGCCACAACUUUGUUCCGCCUGCUGAAGACCCGCAGGACUGUUCCUGAAUUCCUGCUGCGUGUUGCCGCCAUUGUCCUGGGCGAGUUUGGGUACCAAAUCGCCCUGAGUGCGGAAAGUACGCCCCUCAUGCAGGUAAAGGUGCUUCAAAAUUACCUCAACGACACCUCGGAGGAGACGCAAGCCCUCAUGCUAAGCACCUUCGUCAAGCUUUACAACUACUACGAUAUUGCUAUACGUGAAAAGGUACUGGGCAUACUGCAUCAGUACACAAGCAGCUUCAAUGUGGAGCUGCAGCAGCGCGCCAUGGAGUACGUCGGGCUCGUCGAGCUGGGCAAUGAUGGGCUGCUGCAGAAGGUGCUUGAGCCUUUGCCACGUUUCGAGGAGGACGAGUUCUCUCUCGUGCCGCGUGGACGCCCCCAACGAGAGGAGGCGCACGUGGAAGCGGCUGUGGGCGCCUCUCCGGAGGAACGAGAAACGGCAGUUGCCCCGACGGCAAAUGAGGCACCUAAGAAAAUACCCGGCCCUGAUUUCUUGGCAGUUAAUCAUGAUGCAUCCUUAAGGUCAGACGGCAAAUCAGACGAGGACUUGGCGGCCUUGUUUACUGUCAACUCAACGACGCAGUUGGACAGCCUGGCAAAAGAAAAUGAACUGGUGCGGCAACGCCUCAUUUUUCUGCUUAGGGCACCAUCGGGUGUCCUCUACUCCGAUGACUCUGUGGAACUGCGCUGCGAGCAGCAGUACCGUGGAGCCGAUGCCCGUUUGACCCUUACCGUCUGGAACAAGCUGACGGUGGCGGGGUUGGAGGAUGUACUUGUAGAGAUCACCGGCGUGGAUGCUGGGCUGCUGUUGCAAUUGAGGCACGACCGGGGCGAUGUCGCCCCUGGUGGGGUUAUGCGCGUGGAGUUUGCCGCCAGGUCGUGGGCGCCGUAUAGAGAGGCCCCUACCAUACGUCUCUCGUACAAGCGAGCGGAAGGCCACACCACGCAGAUGAAGGUACUCGCCCUGCCCAUUGUAACCACACGGUUUUUGUCUCCCUACGAUGAGAAGGAUGAAGCGGCGUACGAGGCGCUACGCAAAGAGCUGAAUUCUCUCUCCCCCACCACCCGACACCUCGCCGCAGGAUGUCUCGCACAAAAGGAGUCAAUUGAGGAGACAUUAACCGGGAUGGGGUUCCGUGUCAUCCACGCCGUUGGUAGCACGCAGUGGAAGGCCAUGGCGGCCCAUGCGACCCAGGCGCAUGGUAUUCUCCGCUACGACCCCGUGCUGGUGAACGUGCUCGCCACUGGCGUGGAGGCAUUGACCGCAAAAGUCACUGCCAAGAGUUCCGUUCUCCGCACAGCCAUUACAGAUGUUCUGGAGCAGGAAUUGCUUAGCAGUGUGCGGAAGGAGUUUGCCGCGAAGGCGGCGAGUGCGUCUGGAGAGACUUUAACCUCGUUAUUCUCAUGA